GCGGCGCCGACCCGCGGGGCCCGGUGAGGCCCCGGCCCGCCCGCCGCACCAUGUUGCUGGUGGAGAAGACGACCGACUCCCCGGCGGCCGAGUUCUCGCUGGUGGAGGACGUGGCCUUGCACUUCGCCUGUUUGAUGGGCCGCCUGAACGAGCAGCGCCUCUUCCAGCCGGACCUGUGCGACGUGGACCUGGUGCUGGUCCCCCAGCGCAGCGUGUUCCCGGCCCACAAGGGCGUGCUGGCCGCCUACAGCCAGUUCUUCCACUCGCUCUUCACGCAGAACAAGCAGCUGCAGCGCGUCGAGCUGUCCCUGGAGGCGCUGGCCCCGGGGGGGCUGCAGCAGAUCCUCAACUUCAUCUACACCUCCAAGCUGCUGGUCAACGCCGCCAACGUGCACGAGGUCCUCAGCGCCGCCUCGCUGCUCCAGAUGGCCGACAUCGCCGCCUCGUGCCAGGAGCUGCUGGACGCGCGCUCGCUCGGCUCCCCCGGGGGGCCCGGACCCCUGGCCCAGCCCGCCGCCGCCGCCGCCGCCACCGCCGCGCCCUGCACCCCCAGCACCCCCCCCUACUACUGCGACAUCAAGCAAGAGGCCGAGCCUCCGGGGCUGCCCAAGAUCUACGCCCGCGAGGGGCCCGAUCGCUACUCGGUGCGCGUGGAAGAUGGCGCGGGGGCGGUGGGGGAGCCUGGGCCUGGCCCACCCGCCCCGAUCCCUGCGCCCCCCACGGGGCCCGCCCCACCCGUGCUCAAGGAGGAGAAGGAGGCCCCCCCUGGCAGCGGCCUGUGUAAGGUGGAGGGCUCCCCGGCCGGGGAUGAACUCGGGGUUCAGGGUCCCUACGGCCACCAGGAGCAGUCGCAGAUCAUCGUGGAGGUGAACCUCAACAACCAGACGCUGCACGUGUCCACGGGGCCCGAGGCCAAGCCCGAGGCCGCCCUGGUGCUGGGCCCCAAGGACCGGCGACAGCGAGCCCAGGAAGAGGACGAGGAGGAGGAGGAGGAAGAGGAGGAGGAGGAGGAAGAGGAGGAGGAAGAGGAGGCUGGAGGCAGCGCCGGGGAAGAGGAGGAGGAAGAGGAGGGUGGCAGUCAGGAGGAGGAAGAGGAAGGGCCCAGCGAGCAGGAGGAGGAAGAGGAGGAGGACGACGACGAAGAAGAAGGCCUCAGUGGGCAGGACCCGGAGAGCUCGGAGGAAGGGGAAGCCCCCCCAGGGAAACAAAGUUCUGGGGGGCCCCGUGCAGAGCCCCCAUCGUCCCACAGCCGCAUGGCCACGCGAUCGCGAAGGGAAACUGAGGACUCGGGCACACGACGGCCGCAGCGUGGGAAGCCGCCCAAGCUCCCCCCCGAGGCGCUGGGGGCCAAGGUGAAGCUGGAGGAGAAGCCGCCCCACGCAUGCCAGAAGUGUCCCCGCGUGUUCAACAACCGCUGGUACCUGGAGAAGCACAUGAACGUCACCCACAGCCGCAUGCAGAUCUGCGACCAGUGCGGCAAGCGCUUCCUGCUGGAGAGCGAGCUGCUGUUGCACCGCCAGACCGACUGCGAGCGCCACAUCCAGUGCGUGACGUGCGGGAAGGCAUUCAAGAAGCUCUGGUCGCUCCACGAGCACAACAAGAUCGUGCACGGCUACGCCGAGAAGAAGUUCUCGUGCGAGAUUUGCGAGAAGAAGUUCUACACCAUGGCGCAUGUGCGCAAGCACAUGGUCGGUGAACAGCACACCAAGGACAUGCCGUUCACCUGCGAGACAUGCGGCAAGUCCUUCAAGCGCAGCAUGUCGCUCAAGGUGCACUCGCUGCAGCACUCGGGAGAGAAGCCCUUCCGCUGCGAGAACUGCAGCGAGCGCUUCCAGUACAAGUACCAGCUGCGCUCGCACAUGAGCAUCCACAUCGGCCACAAGCAGUUCAUGUGCCAGUGGUGCGGCAAGGACUUCAACAUGAAGCAGUACUUCGACGAGCACAUGAAGACGCACACAGGGGAGAAGCCGUACAUCUGCGAGAUCUGCGGGAAGAGCUUCACCAGCCGGCCCAACAUGAAGCGGACCGGCGCAACGCACACCGGGGAGAAGCCGUACCCGUGCGAGGCGUGCGGCCAGCGCUUCCGCUUCUCCAACAUGCUCAAGGCGCACCGGGACAAGUGCUGCCGCCUGGGCCCUGGGCCUGGGCCUGGGCCUGGGCCUGGGCCUGGCCACGCGCACGCGGACGCCGCCGACGCCCCGGGCCCGCCGUCGGUGUGA